CACCGAAAAACACCAUGGGUAUCUUUCAGAGUUGUCUUGGCAAACACAACAAAGUAGGAGUAAUGGGGAAGGAAGAAAUGGAGGCCUAUGAAAAUGUACGUCGGACAAUGAUCACGGAGGAUAUGACUGAGAGGAAGGGGGGAGUGGCCUUUGAUCUUACUUUCCUCACUGAGGAUUCAGCACUAAAGCUGCCACCCAGACCUCCUAGUCGAUUGACCACUGACAAAAAAGAGAAUUUUGAAAAAUGGAGAGAAAACCAAGAGAAGGCACAGGCAGAAAAUCAAGAAAGGGCCCAGCAGAGAAGGGAAGAGGCCAUCGUGCAGAAAAAAAUUGAAAAUGCCCACAAGGAAAUGGAGCGGCUUGAAAAAUAUAUCAACAUCAGUGAUAAAUUUUGAAAAAAGACUGGCAUAAAAUUUACCAAAAGCAUUUUAUUUCUAAAUUUCAAAUCUUCUGGAACCAAGGAGGGGACACCCGAGCUCUUUUAU